UUAUUGUGUAUCUUAGAUAUGCCAACGUCAAGAAGUGUAGUAAUGAGGGUCGUGCCUUGAUGCAAUUGGAUUUUCAACAGUUUUUAAUGAAACUUGAAAAGCUAACUGAUAUUAGACCCAUUCCGGAUAAAGAAUUUGUGGAAACCUAUAUUAAAGCAUACUAUCUAACUGAGAAUGACAUGGAACGCUGGAUCAAAGAGCACAGGGAGUAUUCAACAAAGCAGCUGACCAACCUGGUAAAUGUUUGCCUGGGAUCCCAUAUCAAUAAGAAAGCAAGACAAAAACUUCUCUCAGCUAUAGAUGAUAUAGACAGACCCAAAAGAUAAUGAACAGAAUUCUUUUUCCUCAGUGGCAUUGAUGGUCUCUCAGCGCGCGUGACAUGAAAGCCAGUUUUUCAUGCACUGCUGACAUCUGUCUUAAGAAAACUUUGUGCAUGCUCUCUCCAGCUGGAAAGUGGAAAACACUGAAGUUUAUGUGGUCUUUGCAAAUGAUUUUUAUAUGCUGUGAUCUCAGCUCUUCAAUUUUUGGUCUCAUUUGUUGUAUUUCUUUCUUGAAAUGAUAUUGCCUCAUCAUAACUAUUGUUACAUGACUACAGCUACCCAUUUUACUGAAGAAUGUACUCUCAGUAUAUGAGCAGAAGGAACAGUGACAGUACACUCACGGGUGGUUUCGGAGAAUGAAUUUAUGUUGGCAUUUUUCUACCCUCAAAUUUACUUCUUAAUAAGUGUAAUACGAGAGGGUUAAUGUGUAAUGUCUCUUAAUUAUGAACACUGCAUGACAGUUGAAAAGUACAUGUAAGCUAAAUAGUUGAAAAAUCAGUAUGCUGUCUGUGUUUUUAAAUGUCAAUAUUUCUGUUAGAGUUAAUGACACAGUGAUCAUAAAUGAUGAAAUUUAAUAAAUACUAUACUCUAACAUGAUCAAA